AUAAUUAUUAACGAAUUUGUUAUGAGUGUGUGAGUGUUUGUUCUGAAAAGGUGUAAUUUAGCUGUAUCAACAAAUGAUGUUGAAUGAUAUUUGCCGUUGUAAAUGGACUUGUGAGUGCUAUAAAGUGUGAAGAUGAAAACAUUUCGCUUCAACUCGUUUUCUUCAGUGAGUUGUGCCAGUCUUUUGUUGACGAUAGUGCUGCUGGUGAAAAUUGUGUGUGGCUAUCACGAAGGUGCAGAGAAAUGUCCUGAAGAAGAAUCCAGAGUUCGCAACAGUUCAAAAAAAGUAUUAUGGAAGUCGAGAAGCUACAACAACGCAAUCAUUCUGUCCAUCCCGCCGUGCCAAGACGAAUCAGGAAACCUCGUGGUGAGGAUCUGCAGUAACAGAACUUGGACACCCAAAACUCCGGCAGAGUGCGUGAGAACCGUCGAAGCAAAUCGAAGAUGUCCCGCGAAUUUCGAAGAAACUUCAGAGAGUUGCAUCUUCGUGUCCGAGGCCAAACAGUGGGAAGACAAAUGCAACAUUGGCAAAAUAGCGAACGACUCUUACUCCCAGCCCCUCGCCAACGAAUCCGUCUGGCUGCCACUGAGAAGGUUCGUCGAGUAUGGGCCCUACGAGUCCGUAACGUGGGGCAGCGACUUUGGGAGGCCCCUUUUCGCUCCUUCACUUUCUCCUGAUUUUCAAAAAGACUUUUUCGAUAAGGACUGCGUGAUCUUGAAUCCGCAGGAAGUGAAACUGGAGCCGGAGUACUGCAACGCUAUCCACAAGCACAUUUGCGAGUUCGAUAAGCGCGAAGGGAACGAUCUUUGCCCUGAGGGAUGCGUCAAAGCCAGCAUUAACUCCGAGAAAUGUUACUGCAAGAAAAGAAAUUGUUCCAAACUAGCGGAAGUGAACUCGAUCGUGGACAAAAAUAUUCUGUCCGACUUAGCCGGAAACGACAUUUGUUCCGUGGCAGGCGGCAAAGCUGCUCCUUUAGCCUUGGGAGGUUCCAAGCAGGCUCUGGGCAAGAACAGGUGGUUUUAUACGAAAAAAGAAUUGGACUGUUCUCUCUGCUCAAUGUCUUACACCAUGCAGAUCAUCGACGACGGAAAAGUCAACAUGGAUCUCAGUUUCGAUGCGGCUCAGAGAAGGCUCUAUCUGAUAAUCUACUCGCCACAGAAAAUUAUCGGACACGGUGAUGAGGACACAAUUUACUGUUUCACCGAUGCCUCGUUCCUAGAACUGAAGAAACGGGUGGAAGUUGACAAAGUACACGAGCAGCGCAAUGGUGUUGGGGACUUUAAUGUGUACGAAGUAUCUUUGGAAAAGUACAAGGGUCAAUACUGGUGCAAGGUAUUCGUGAACGGAAAUGUCCUGAAAUCCAACAUUGCUGUUGCUUACAAAGAAGCGGCAGGGUUCGAAUACGCUCUCAGGGUUGUCAUAAAGGAGAUUUGUUCGAUUUCCAAGUGCCAAGUAGAGUCGCCGAUUCGGUAUGAAAAAUUCAUUCCCGACGACAUUACCGAAAUUUUCAAACCGAGCUACAUAAGAGUUAUGAAAGUUUUCUACUACAACUUCAUGGAUAUCAACUUUUUGCUGCAUAUAACUUCCGAAGGAGAUAAUGUAGAAGAAGAGUUUCAUGCUUUCGAAAGGAAUUUGAAAAACAUAUCGCGGAAGACGAUACGAGUUAAGUACUUCAGGAGUAGCGAGUUCUGCCUCUCUGAAACAACGUAUUCAAAGGACGGAAAUUUAACUUGGCCGUUGACUGCCAUCGGCCAGACUGCCAUUCCCGAAGAAAUAUGUCUUCAAGAAAACGGAAUGCCGAUUUAUCGCUUGUGCAAAGGUGAUUUCUUGUACGGCGCCCAAUGGGAUCAAGUAGUGGGUGAGUGCUUGAAAGAUAAAAAACCGACCGAAGACACCCUGUACCUGAAAUCGUUGCUAGGCCAAACCCUCUCCAACGACACCGUAACAAACGUGAGCAGCAUCAUCAGGAAGGAGCCAGACCUGCCAGUCAUCUCCAUUUAUUACAUCAAGAAACUAUUGGAAAAUAUUUAUUCCUCUCAACGGAAAGGCAAUUUCCUCGGUAAUGAAAUUUUCGAUAGUCUAGGAGCCACGGCAAACAUCACGGAUGAAUUACUAACCAUCAAAGUGGAAAAAUUGGCUCAAGCGCAGAUGACUCUUAAUGUCACCGACGACAUUCUAGAUUUGGUGGAUGGUAUUUUAAAUGAAACUGCUUUGGGUUCAGGAGAGUUGGUGAUCCAUAAGGAGAAUCUGAUUGUUCAUAUGUGCAACCCGAUGGAUAGUAACAUAUCAGGAGUUGUGGUUUACACCGGAAUUAAUGGAACGAGAGUCGAGAAUAUGAAAAGAAACGACACUUUCGAUGACGUAAAGUACAAAGAAGGAUUCUGGAUGGCUGUCUACGUACCGGAAGAUAUCUUGGGAUAUUUUCAGGAUGGCAACAUAUCUAUAAUAACCACUAUUUUCUUCAACGAUCGGUUCUUCGUCAGCAACUACUCUAAAAAACCGUUGGGACCAGUAGUGAGCGUGAUGAUCCCUGAGUACGGAUGUUACCUCCCCAGUAUGUUACCGAUUAUGUUCAAAUCUAAUGCUAAUUCAUCCCCGGAGUGUGGAUUUUGGGAUUACGGCAAGAAAGCCAUGCGGAAAAGAGGCAACUGGUCCACUCUUGGGGGAACAUAUAUUGAAAAUGUUGAUAACGACAUUCGUUUUCACACAUGUCACUUUUCUCAUCUCACCCAUUUCGCUCUGUUGAUUCUAGAACUCAACAAAACGACCAAAAAAAUUGACACUGUUCUGAAUGUUCUGAUAUAUAUUGGCGAUUUUCUGUCAGUAAGCGGAAUUUGCGGAAUCUUCGUCACAGCCAUUGCUUUCAAAAAAUGGAGAAAGAAACAAGGAACUAUCAUCCUGUUGAAUUUAUGUCUAGCCAUAAUUCUGGAAGUGUUGUUAACGGAACUGGCUAGAUACACAACUAUAGUUGGCGACUGCCGUUUCUUGGGCAAGUUCAUUCACUACUUCAUCAUUUCGAAGUUUGCUUGGAUGUUAGUUUACUCCUUUUUGCAGUACGUAAGAUUCGUGAAUGUCUUCACAGUAUUGCCUGAAAAAAUAGUAACGAUCUCCCUGGCUUUCGGUUGGGGCUUUGCUCUUAUACCGGUUUCCUUAACAGCAAUAUCCAAUACCCAAAGCUACGAAAUGGUGGUAGAUAGCUUCUGCUACCCCUCCGGUUUGUCGUUAUAUUUAGGUCUCCUCAUGCCAGUUAGUGCCAUCAUUUUGAUAAACACUUUCGUCUUCUUCGCGGUGAUGAUGCAGGUUACCACGAAAACUGUCGAAUCUCAUGGAAACAAAGACAACAUUCAGAAACUGCAGAUGCAACUGGCAACUUUAUUGUUCUUCGUUCUAGGCUUACCUUGGAUUUUUCUAGUUUUAUCCAAAUUUAUUACAAUAUAUUGGCUGGGGACAACGCUAGUUUACAUAUUUUCUCUCAUGUCUAACGUUGAUGGUUUCAUUUUAUUCUUGUUUUAUGUUGUGUUCAAUAAUGAAACAAGAAAAUUCUGGAUUAAAUUUUUCACCGACAAAAGUUCCAACACUAUUUCCUUCAGUAGUAAAAUUAGUAGUUUGAGAUCUCAUCAAUAGUUGGUCGUACCCUUUGAGUUUGUUAUAAAAAUUAAAACUUGAAUUUUCUUUUCAACAAUAUUCAUUUCAUUAGUGACAUUCGAAAUUCAAUUAUUAAUUCCAUACUCACCACUUUGCUAUUAUAAGUAUGCAGUUUUUGCAAAAACUUCACUCAACCUUGUAUCAUAUCACAGUUCACAAAACCACCCUGCAAUUUUCUUGUACAUUCAGACAAACUCACACUGCGACUGAAUCUGUAGUCAAAUUGUCCUUUGUUAAUGUUCAUUCGAGGAACCGAAAUUAGAUUUAAUUUAUAAGAAUUCUGUAAAUUGCUCCAAUUUACCAUUCAUAGCUAGGAUGAUCGACGUGUUCCGUAUUAGUUAUAUGUAUUAUUGUGUUAUAGUACAAUUCCAUAAAAGUUGGCACUAAAUUUUCAGAAAUAUUGUUGCAUUAAAACGAAAACAUUGUUGACAAGGUUGUUAUUUUGUAUAAUUGUGUGAUUUUAGUAUAAUUUUCGUAGGCCACUGUAAGAAACAUAUUAAGGCAAAAACCUCAGUUGUGUUUCAGAAUCUGGUGCCUACUAUUUUGGAACUAUAGUAUAUUAAGUUGAAAUUGUGACAUAUUUCAAAUAUAUUGCAUUAGUUGAAAAAUAAAAAUAUUUAAUUUUUGUAACAAAAAAAAAUAUAAAAAACAACAUUUUGGUUAAUGUAUAAAUCAUGGUCAAUGAUGUUGACUAAACUGUGUCUCGAGCCGCCACUUGUAUCUUAUUGAGGCUAUAAUCGGGUAAAGGGAUAUUUGCAAUGAAAA